CACCGCGGAGAAGGCGGCGCCUGAGGCCGAUCUGGGUCUCGCCCCGUUCACAUUAGUCUUCUUGGCGCCGCCGAGAUUGCAUUUGCCGGCACGCAGCGCCCCGUAUUCCCGUGAACGUUUUCAGCACCGCGCCUCCCGGGGGGGGGGGGAAGGGGAGGGUUGGUUUCGGCGAGCGAGGUCGGCCGGGGACCUGUGGCAGGUGUAAGAUGGCGGCGACGCUGACGGCCCGGCUUUAUCGGGCAUGUGUAAAUAUGAGGGGAGUUUCUGCAGCUCUGCGAACACACUGCAUUCAAAAAAAUUUGAUAAACCGUCAGAUUUCAACUCCUCUUGCAAACUAUAAAAGCAGCUUUAGUACAACUUAUUCAAACUUUGCUCCUGCUGUUACCCAACCUGCACCCUUUUUUAAGGGCACUGCUGUGGUCAAUGGUGAGUUCAAGGAAAUCAGCCUGGAUGACUACAAAGGGAAAUAUCUGGUCAUUUUCUUCUACCCUCUGGAUUUUACUUUUGUUUGUCCAACCGAGAUCGUUGCAUUCAGUAACAAAGCAAAUGAGUUCCAUGAUGUAAACUGUGAAGUAAUUGGUGUUUCUGUGGACUCUCAUUUCUCCCACCUUGCCUGGAUCAACACUCCAAAAAAGAGUGGGGGGCUAGGGCACAUGAAUAUACCACUGCUGUCUGAUUUAACAAAGCAGAUCUCACGGGAUUAUGGAGUGCUUCUGGAAAAUGCUGGUAUUGCUCUAAGAGGUCUCUUCAUCAUUGACAUAAAUGGAAUUAUCAAGCACAUAGGCAUCAAUGAUCUGCCUGUAGGUCGCAGUGUUGAAGAAACUCUACGCUUAGUUAAGGCAUUUCAGUUUGUGGAAACCCAUGGAGAGGUUUGCCCAGCUGAGUGGACCCCUAACUCUCCAACGAUCAAGCCUUCCCCAGAAGCUUCCAAAGAAUAUUUUUCAAAGGUCAAUGAAUAGCAUCUAAUUUCCAUACCCUUUUGGUUAUUUUAUUGAUGUUUGGACAGAAUGGGUAUUUGGAGGUAGAGGUUUUCUUUACCUGGGAUGAGUGGUAUGUAAGAUUAGAGUCAGCAAUAGGUCUAAUGUUUAGUCAUUGAAUCUUGUUUAUCAUGUGCAAAAUAAAGACUAAAUGUUCACUUACUGUUUAAUAUGCCACUUACCCAAAGUAAACCAGAACAGAAAUCCUGUACCAGCAAAUGAAUCACAAAUUUACACCAAUGAUUUCUUUAUUACAAGAAAGUAAAUUUAAAAGAUAAUGACCUCUAUUACAUUUAAUUCUGUAAUUCUAAGGUAUACACAUGUGUCUUUGAAUAAAGGUAUGAAUGCUUA